CUUCGCGGAGGAGGAGAUAGGCAGGCAGAUAUGCUUGGGCGAUGUGGGAAGACACGAGCGAUGCGUGCAGUGCUUGACGGAGUUGGACAGGGUAUGAAGAUGAGAAGUGGAGGAAGGAUGGCUCGGAAGGCGGCUUACCCGUCCCAUGCUCCAACUAUGCCCUCCAUGCCUGUCCUCUCGGUGAGGCAGACGUUCGCCACAGCCGCCCGCCAUCCCACCACCGCCACCACCGCCACUACGAGUGUCACCACAGCCACGACGGCCACCACCGCUACCGCAACCACUCGGCAGGCGAUGGGCAAGGUCGCCGGCAAGGCUUCGGGUGCCAUGCUCGGCGCAUCCAAGCUCGGCGUCGCCCCGCAGCUGGUCGUCCCCACGUCGUCGUCGGCUACCUUUGCCACGGCGGCGAGGAGGGCUGGGUCGGCCGGUGCGGCUCGCUCGGUGGCCGAUGCUUGUCGCCAAGGGGCGAUGGCGGCUGGCGCAACGGGUGCUGUGGCAGCGGCUCACGCCAUGGGGUCGGCUGCGGAGGCCGGAUCCUGGGCUGGCAGCUCGAGCAAGUGGCGCCAGUGGUCGGCUGGGCAGGGUCGGCCGAGGAUGAGCCCGGGAGGCGCGCGAUGGUUCUCGUCGUCGCCUGGCGUGGGCAAGGGAGAGGAUCUGUACGCGGUGCUGGGGGUCGGGCGUGAUGCGUCGGGCAAGGACAUUAAGCGGGCGUAUUACAAGCUGGCCAAGAAGUACCACCCGGAUCGGUCCAAGGAACCCGAUGCGUCCGACAAGUUUGCCGCCAUCAAUGAGGCCUACGAGAUCCUCUCUGACGAGGACAAGCGCCGAAAGUAUGAUGCAUACGGCAAGGAUGGCGUCGACAUGGAUCUCGGCGGCAUGGGCGGUAUGGGCGGCAUGGGCGGAAUGGGCGGUGAGGACGUCAUGUCGGCCUUCCGUCGCAUGUUUGAGGACGGUGGCAUGGGCGGCAUGGGCGGCAUGGGCGGUAUGGGUGGCAUGGGUGGCGGAGGCGGCCGCGGCCUCGCCCGCCCGGGCGCAGACAUCGAGAUGCAACUGCGCCUCUCGUUCAUGGAGGCGGCCAAGGGCACGACCAAAGACGUGGCGUUCUCUACCUCGGUCUCGUGCAAGACCUGCUCCGGGACCGGCGCCGGCGACGGCGCCAAGCCCGAGACCUGCAGUGCGUGCGGCGGUGCGGGCGCAACCGUCCAGCAGUCGGGCAUGUUUGCCUUCCAGGCGGCGUGCCCCAAGUGCGAUGGUGACGGCCAGGUGCUGAGCGAUCCGUGCGGCUCUUGCUCGGGUCAGGGUGUGGUCCGUGGCGAGCAGGAGCUUGAGGUCAAAGUGCCACCGGGCGUCGAUACUGGGCUCUCCAUCCGCAUUCCGAACAAGGGCGCCGCCGGCAUCCGCGGCGGCCCGCCGGGCAACGUCUUCCUUCGGCUUGUUGUCGACGAGCACGAGUACUUUGAGCGCGACGGGUACAACGUCCAUGUUGCCGCGCCCAUCACCGUCGGCCAGGCCGUCAUGGGCGGCUCAGUCCGGGUCCCGACUCUCGACGGCGACGUCGAGCUCACCGUCCAGCCGGGAACCCAGCCCGACGAGCGGCGCAUUCUCCGCUCGCGCGGCAUCGAGAAGCUCAACCGCGGCAUCCGCGGCCACAUGUACGUCCACUACAAGGUGGUGGUUCCCAAGCCCGAGGAGCUGACUGAGCGUCAGCGCGAGCUCAUGAAGGAGUUUGUGGCUGAGGAGGAGAAGGUCAUCGAGCCCAAGUCGUUCUUCUCGCGCGCGCUCGACAAGCUCGGUAAGGUCUUUUCGUCCAAGCCCCAGCGCCAGUCGUCGUCCGACGACGGCGCCCGUGCCGCGUAAAAGGAGAGACUGCAGGUG